AUGUCUGAUGAGAAACUACGAACUCUAGAGGCACGGUUUCCGCAGUUUGAAAAGUCGGUUUUGAAGGAGAUAUACGAUGCUUGUGGCGGAUCGCUAAAUCAAGUUUUGGAAUUGCUUUCUGGAAGUGCUCCAAAGAGAAAGAAGACCGGUUUGGGAAAGUACCAAACGUCGAUUACAUCGAUAUUUGGAGGUGAACAUACUGAGAAAAGGAAACCAAAUGUAACUGUACAAAAUAAAGCCAUACAGCUUUAUACCCCAGAGGAUGUGACGGCUCAUCUUGGACCCUAUGUGAGUCUACAUCGCAAUUUUUUACCGGUGGAUUUAUCCAAUCUGAUAUUGGAAUUUCUUAUGAGCAAACGAGAUCGUUUGGCUCCGAAUAAAUUUUUUCUAUUUGACAACUGGUGUGUUGCAAACCACUCGCUGGGUUUGUUCCAUGACCGCAAGUAUAAAGACGAAAAGUAUCAGCAGUUGAUCUACAAUGGUAAGAGCCAUACCAAAAUCAAUCAAUUUGACGAAGAAUUAAGUCGAGCCGCUACUUUUGUCAACGAGUUCAUCAAUGAGAAAAUUAUACCGUAUUCAACUCCUCUUCCUUUUCAGAGCAAAGAGAAAUGGACCUGUGAUGUUUGUGUGGUCAAUUACUAUGAACAUAUGUCCAAUAAUUUGGACUGGCAUUCGGACCGACUAUCUCACAUUGGACCCCACAAUUAUAUUGCAUCGAUUUCACUUGGGGCCACGAGAGAGUUCAGAAUUAGAAAGAAUUACUCUCCUUCACAGCUCUAUGCCAUACAGGUGCCACACAAUAGCUUGGUAAUCAUGCACCCUGGGUGUCAAGAGGAAUAUCGUCAUUCUGUGAAUGCGUUGCGAGCCUCGAUCCAACUGCACCCUAUCAGUGGAAAUGGUCGUUUUAACUUGACAUUCCGGCACUAUAGAGAAGAUAUCAUACAGAAUAUCCCCAAGUGUAAGUGUGACAUGGCAAUGACUUUACGAAGAUCUUUCAAGACAGUAGAGGCUAGAGGAAAGUACUUUUGGACUUGUGAGAAUAAGUACCAGAAUAAAGACUGUGGGACUUUCUACUGGGCAAAUUUCAACAAUUUGGAGGGAAAACUUAUUGCAGAAGAUGAUAAAGACGUUUCAAUAUGGUAUUCAGAGCACGAUGUUGAAAAGGUCACCUUUGUCAAGCAAGAGAGCGCUGUGCAGGAAAAUCUGGUGAAAAUUGUAAAAAGCGAAAACCAACUCUGA